AUGCCGCUCAGCUGUAGGUUUUAUAAAGAGAAGUACCCAGAGGUUGAAGAUGUGGUUAUGGUAAAUGUUCGUAGCAUUGCUGAAAUGGGUGCCUAUGUUCAUUUAUUGGAGUAUAAUAAUAUUGAAGGAAUGAUAUUGUUGUCUGAAUUAUCCAGGCGACGUAUACGAUCAAUUAACAAACUCAUUAGGGUUGGCAAAACCGAACCUGUAGUUGUCAUUAGGGUCGAUAAAGAAAAAGGUUACAUCGACUUGAGUAAACGACGUGUUUCACCAGAAGAUGUUGAAAAGUGUACUGAAAGGUUUGCUAAAGCAAAAGCAGUUAACUCAAUCUUGAGACAUGUUGCAGAACUUCUGCAUUAUGAAACUGACGAACAACUGGAAGAUUUAUAUCAAAGAACAGCUUGGUUUUUUGAAGAAAGGAAUAAAAAGAAGGCAUCUGCCUAUGAUUUCUUUAAACAAGCAGUUAUUGAUAACUCUAUUCUUGCGGAAUGUGGGUUAGAUGAAAAAACCCAGGAAGUUUUAUUAACAAACAUUAAAAGAAAAUUAACUUCCCAGGCUGUGAAAAUACGCUCUGAUAUUGAAGUAGCGUGUUAUGGCUAUGAAGGUAUUGAUGCUGUGAAAACUGCACUUAAAGCUGGAUUGGCUUUAUCUACCGAGGAAUUACCUAUUAAAAUUAAUCUCAUUGCACCUCCUUUAUAUGUGAUGACUACAGCAACUCCUGAAAAAUCCGAAGGAUUGAAGGCGCUUCAAAAUGCUAUUGAUGUUAUUGAGAAAGAAAUCACUACUUUAGGAGGAGUUUUUCAAGUUCAAAUGGCGCCAAAAGUGGUUACUGCUACCGAUGAAGCAGAAUUGGCCAGGCAAAUGGAAAGAGCUGAAGCAGAAAAUGCUGAAGUUGCUGGUGAUGAUGACGAAGAGGAACAGGAAGAGCAAGAUGAUGCAGCUGACGUUGAUGGUGCAAGUCCUGAUGAAGAUGGGGAAGAUUAA